UACACAAUGAGCAUCAUCCUCGGCACCGUCGCCUUCUCGUAUGGCUCCGUGCCCAUGUACAAGAUGAUCUGCCAAACAACAGGCUGGGGCGGCCAGCCCGUCCGCGCACACGGCACCUACAGCUCGUCCGAUGCCUCCGGAGACGACCUCGCCGCCCGCCUCGAGCCAGUCACCAACGUCCCGCGCAUCCGCGUGACCUUCUCCUCGUCCGUGUCGGACGUGCUCCCCUGGAAGUUCACGCCGCAGCAGCGCGAGGUCCGCGUCCUGCCGGGCGAGACGGCCCUGGCCUUCUACACGGCGACCAACAACUCCUCGAGGGACAUUGUGGGCGUGGCCACGUACAGCGUGACCCCGGCACAGGUGGCGCCCUACUUCAGCAAGAUCCAGUGCUUCUGCUUCGAGGAGCAGCGGUUGGCGGCCGGCGAGACGGUGGACAUGCCCGUGUUUUUCUAUCUGGACCCGGAGCUGUUGAAGGAUGUCAACAUGAAGGGGGUCGAGACGGUGACGCUGAAUUAUACUUUUUUUAGUGAGUCUGCUUUUCCUCUCUUCGUCUUCUUUGGUGUGACAUGUGCGACUGACCGGUGGUUGUCAUCGUCUGUAGAGGCGAGGUAUGAUGAGAACGGUAGAUUCCAGGCGCCUGGGGUUUGAGCGGUCGAGGUGCUCUAGUGUGACGAUGAAAAUGGCGGAUGGGAGUAGAUACCUACCUUACGUACAGAAUCUGUUUGUAGCGAUAUGUAGACGGUGGUGCGUGGGUCGGUUGGAAAACGGGUCCUGGGUUCAGGACAAUAGAGAUUAUACCCCCCCUCUGUCGUCAAUGGCGUGUGUAUCUCAUGCAUAGGUACCUAUAUAGCCGUUCCAGACCCAACGACUAUGAACUUCCAACAGAAACAAGGUACAGGAUAUCAU